AUUUACUCAUUUUAUAAAUUCCGUACUAACAUGACAUAUGAUAUAGUUAAAUUUUUAGAAAUUAAAUUAAGAAUCAAAGUAGAUUGGUGAGAAUAAUUGGAGAGUUGCUAGUUCAUCCAUGUGAUCAACCUCGCACGGCCAUGUUGAUGUUACCAAUGCAAUGUGCUUCGCUGUUCAUCUCUCCCAUCACGAUUGACAAACCCUAACCCUAACCCUAAUCACCCGACCAGCAUGGUGAAGAAUAAGGUCCCCGAUUGGCUCAACAGCUCUAUAUGGUCCUCAUCAUCGCCGUCGUCCCCUCCCUCCUCCGCCGUCGCCAGCCCCUUCGAACAGCCACCGCGUCCUCCGUCUCCCGCCGUCGUGACCCCCUUUGAACCACCGCCUCCGCGUCCUCCGUCGCCUCCCUCCGUCCACGAUCCUCCGCCGACGCAGAGAAUCGAUGAUUCGCCGCGGGAAGAUCACGGCGACGGCUUUCGUUCCGCGCACGAUGUGUCUCGCCAGGCGCAAUUGCUGGCCGAGUUGUCGAAGAAGGUGGUGGAUAUGAGCGAGUUGCGGAGCCUCGCGUGUCAAGGUAUUCCUGAUGCUGCUGGGAUACGUUCUACUGUGUGGAAGCUUUUGCUUGGAUAUCUUCCACCAGAUCGAGGGCUUUGGUCAGCUGAAUUAGCAAAGAAGCGGUUUCAGUACAAACAAUUCAAAGAGGAGAUUUUCAUGAAUCCUUCAGAAAUCACAAGGAAGAUGUACAACUCGGCAAAUUGUGAUACUGAUGAUGCCAGCUGUGCGAGGGCGUUGCUCUCUAGAUCAGAAAUCACUCAUGGGGAGCAUCCUUUGAGUCUGGGGAAGACCAGCGUAUGGAAUCAGUUCUUCCAGGAUACAGAGAUCAUAGAUCAAAUUGACCGAGAUGUAAAGCGCACUCAUCCUGAUAUGCACUUUUUCUCUGGUGAUUCCCAAUUUGCAAAAUCUAAUCAGGAGGCUUUGAAGAAUAUAUUAAUUAUUUUUGCAAAGUUAAACCCGGGUGUAAGAUAUGUGCAAGGAAUGAAUGAGAUAUUGGCUCCUCUAUUCUACGUGUUCAAAAAUGACCCAGAUGAGGAAAAUGCAGCCUUUGCUGAAGCAGAUGCAUUCUUUUGUUUUGUUGAGCUAUUGAGUGGGUUUCGAGAUAACUUUGUUCAGCAACUCGACAAUAGUGUUGUGGGAAUCCGUGCAACUAUUACGAGAUUGUCCCAGCUUUUGAGAGAACAUGAUGAAGAGCUGUGGCGACAUCUUGAGGUCACUUCUAAGGUCAAUCCUCAAUUCUAUGCAUUUAGGUGGAUUACUCUCCUGCUGACUCAGGAAUUCAAUUUUGCUGACAGCCUUCACAUUUGGGACACUCUUUUAAGCGAUCCAGAUGGUCCUCAGGAGACUCUUCUUCGGGUAUGCUGUGCAAUGCUGGUUCUCGUUCGUAAGCGCCUCCUUGCGGGUGAUUUCACUUCUAAUCUCAAGUUGCUGCAAAAUUAUCCCACCACAAACAUUAGUCAUUUGCUCUAUGUUGCCAACAAGUUUCGUGUACAGUCAGUCUAAUGUUGCAUUUUGCUCUUCUAUCUCUAGUUUCUCUUUCAAAUUCAAUGCCUGUAAAUGACUUUUAAGUGUGAGACUCACAGCAAUGCCGGUUUAUUUAUUUGUUUUUACUUAUAAUUUGUACGUAUUUUUUCUUGGGUGGUGGGGUCAAUGUGAGUUUGGGCCUUGGUGAAAUACGCUUGUAAUAGCAGGAACUUAUUUUAAUUUUUUUAAUUUUUACUCUAGGUUAUUUUAACUUUUUCA